ACUUGUUUACACCGACAAAUGAUGCGUAUUUUUUCAGUUUUGAGUUAUAUACUUUGACUUAUUUUUUUAAAUGAAUUUUUGUGCAAAGUUGUUGUGGUUGGUGGUGUGGGUUGUUUACCUUAAAGUGGUCACAUUCACAGUGAAUGUAAAAGGGGCUACGCAUUGGCGCCUUGAAGAUGGAAGACUAAAUGAAAUUGUUGGAGAGCAAAAUGUAACAUUAGAAAAAGAUCCGAUUUUUAAAAUGCUAGUUGAUGCAUGGUCGCCUGCAUCUAAAUUAAACAAAAAUUCUUUUUCUGAGUUUAGUUCUAAUGAAAAGACGACUACUAGUUCAACGUUUUCUUCUACGGCUCCUGCGUAUGAAAUUUUCAAGUCUCAUUUGCUUACAUGCGGAGAUCCAGUAAACGAAACUAGCAUAGACAAUAUUCGUGGAGUUGUAAAUAGAUUUGUUCAUCCCGUUUAUUCUGAACCAGAUGUGUUUCUUUUGUUCAGAGGUAAUGAGUUUGAAACUGCGUCAGUGGAUGUAAUUGAAUCAAACCUCAUUAAUGCAGUUAAAGUUGGAGAAAAUCGUGUUGUGUUGUUUAACCUGGUUGGUAAUUUUCUUCGUAUUAAAGGUGAUACGUAUCACUCGAUUGAAUGUUUCCGAAGUGCAAUGCAUGCAUCUAGUAGCAACCCUGAUGCUUUGCUUAAUUUAGCUCGUAUCAUGAUGAACUUAAACUAUUCAGCCGAUGCAGUAUAUUUGGCUGAAUACUCUUUACGUAUUAAUGAGCCCAAUGUAAAUACCUGGCUUCAACACUAUGCCUUAGCUGAAAUAUUUGAACAAACCGGAGAGCUAGAAAAAUCCUGGACCCAUUUUAGCAUAUCAGUUGAUCAGAAUCCAACGUUUCCUCCAGUGUACGUAAAAUUGAACAAUUUAAAUCAACAUUCUACAAUCGUAAACUUUAAUAUGUACACUUUAGCACUGGUGUUGCUUUUAUGUAUAAGCAUUCUUUUAUAUUUUACGGUGGUAUAUCCAAUAUUUAAACUUUAAUGUA